GUUCAGCUUUUAGUUGGUGCGGGCACGCGAAACGGUUAAGGCUACACAGAAGAGCACAACUAUCAGUGAUAUACGAGAACAAGCUAAUAUAUAUAUCAAAGUAUAAUGCGCCUAGUUGAUAUCGUGCUUUAGAUAGAGCUGCAUCUAUAUAUAUAUAAGGAAAUCUAGUGCGAUCUCAACAUGUCCGCCUGUUACAAUGCCUACAAUCCGGCGCAUUCGUUUCAGUUUGAGGAGGCUGACGAUGACGAUGCUUCCUUUGACAGCGGCUACGAGAAGAGCUUUGAAACGGAGGCCCAGACCAGCUCACGUCGCCGUUUGGACUUUGGCGAACACUGCGGCAGCACAACGCCAGCUCAAGCGCCAGCGCCGCUGGCCUAUGCCGGCAACUGGGAGAUGCAAAUGAACUCGCCACCUGCUGGCUUCGUCGGGCUGCUGGACACGAGCAGCAAUCACAGCACGCGCAGCGGUCGCACGCUGGUGGAGCACCUGAACAGUCGCGCCGCAACGGCCACAUUCGAGCCGCUGGUGACCAGCACGCCGGUCAAGUCGCCGGAGGAUCCGAAUGCGCCGCGACCGAAGCGUAAAUAUGCCGUCGGCAAGAAUCGCGUGACGCGUUCGCGCAGUCCGCUGCAGGUGGUGCGCAUCAAGAAGUUCCGGCGGAUGAAGGCCAACGAUCGGGAGCGCAAUCGGAUGCACACACUGAACGAUGCGCUGGAGAAGCUGAGGGUCACCCUGCCUUCGCUGCCGGAGGAGACCAAAUUGACGAAGAUCGAAAUCCUACGCUUUGCCCACAACUACAUCUUUGCGCUGGAGCAGGUGCUGGAGAGCGGCAACACCAUCAAUCUGGAUCUGGAGAAAUUGCAAAACUUUACGCUGAGUGGCGAGCGCAUCACCAAGGAGCUCUUCGAUGCGCUCUUCGUGAACCCGCAGCCGUAUCCCAUGUUCGGCAAUGGGCGCAUCUUUCCCUACGGACCGCAUCAACAGCAGACGCCGCCGAUGCACUAUUCGCCGGGCCAGGCUAUGGACUAUCAGCCACCUGGCUUUGAUCUGGGCAGCAGCAUGCGCUACUAUCAACAGCAGCAGCAGCAGCAACAGCAACAGCAGCAGCAGCAGAUGGUGGCGCAGUCGGAGCUUAGUCCACAGCCCACAGCUUCGGCUGCGUCUCACUUUUCGCAGGAGAAAUAUGAUCUGUUUCGCAGCAGCUUUGAGGCAGCUGCCAUGCCGGACUCGGGUCUGCAUCAGCAGAGCAGCUUCUACACACAAACGCCGCCCUGGAAGGACUACCAAGAGGAUCAUCACCAGCAGCAGCAGCAGCAGCAACAACAAUUGCACUAUAAACAGUUUCAGGUAUAGCACAGUUUCGGGGGCAUCAGUGCGGGUGUCUAUCUUCUCUGGGUGAUAUGUUCGACAGUGUGCUGAGCCCUAAGCGGCACCGACAGCUGGAAAGGAUUCACGCAAGAGCUGCCCUAGCGAUUCACCUUU